AUGGUGUCAUGUCAUCCUGCCCAAGGAGCGGGUAGCCAGCGCGUGCGCGGCCCGCUCGGCUCCCGGCUCCAGCUGAGCUGCGUCUCCUCCGGCUACCCGGAGCCCGAGGUCAAGUGGUACAAGGAGGGCCGCGUCGUGCUGCCCUCGACCCGGGUCCAGGUCAAGGGCGGCCAGCUGACCUUCACGCAGCUGCUGCGCUCGGACGAGGGCGUCUUCAUCUGCGUGGCAGCCAACAUAUUCGGCUCCGCCAACCACAGCUUCAGUCUGCGGACGACAGAGCCGAUUUCGCACGAUCCCGUGUUCGUUGGGGCGCCGAGCAACACCACCGUCUACGAAGGCGAGACGGCCGUGCUGCAAUGUCGCGUACAGAGCAUCUCCAAGGCGCACAUCAAGUGGCUGCGCCGAGUCCGCCCGGGAGACAGCCAGACGUUCAACCAGACCGAGGUGGAGAUCCAGGGCUCGCGAUACGUAGUCAUCUCGGGCGCGCCGACCGUGCAGGACGGCGACAGCUACUUCACCAAGCUGACCUUGCCGGACGUCGUGCCCAGCCAGGAGGGCGUCUUCGUCUGCAUGGCCGCCAACGACAACGACUUUGAUAAACGGGAGGCCUUCCUGCACGUGGUGCCUGCGCCACCGAACUCCAUGCAGGCGCUCCUGAUAGCGCUGCCCGCCGUCGCCGUCGUCGCUUUAUCCUGGGUGCUAUCUGCUGCCUGCACCGGAGACUUCCGGCACCUGGACGUGGUGUGA